AUGUACUCUCUUCAAUUGAGGAGGGGCAUUGCUCGAGGCCGUAUAUGGCACACUUCGGCGCUCUAUCAGGGUUCACAACAGGCCGUUGUUCAUGAGCACGGAUACGGACAGCUACAGCAACAGACGCGGGAAUUUAGUGGUUCUAGAAAUUUAUGGGAGGAGGAAAAGAAGGAUGAUGAUGCUGAGAAGAAGGUAGCUGCUGCUGCUGCUGGGGCGGGCGGUGAAGCUCCGAAGCCACGAGUGAUUCCCAAAAUGAACUUCGCAGAACUUAUGAAAAAGGCGACAAGUCUUCGACAAUCAGUCUUCAAGAAACCACCAGAGGCAGCCGCUACCUUCAAUCCAACCGCACCCACCCCUCCACCUCCUUCAGCAGCAGCACCAACCACUGCACCUCCUCGACAGCCAACCUACCAAUCAGAACCCAGCAUCCAACCCCCCAAGAUUCGACGAACGGGCGCCGAAAUCCCCACAGAUCUAAUCUCCUCGGCCUCUCAAUACGAACAAACUGGGGUUGACAGAAGAGCAGCAAGAUUAGCAAAACACAAAGCGCGAUUAAUGCAAGAUGGCUCUCAAGAGGAUAGAAGAAGACGAGUAAACGAAGAUCAGCAAUCACAGCCACUUACGUUUUCCGAUCGAGAGGCUCAAGUCCAGGAUAGAGCGUUUGCACAAGCUGGAGCGUAUGAUUCUUCCUCUAGAGGAGGAGGCAAGGGAAGUUUUAGAAUCAAACGUGUUGGAUCGACGGCUCACGGACCAGCUGGUGGAAUGACAUUUCAAGACCGUCUUAGGAUGGCUAGGAUUGCUAGGGGUGUUAGUCCUGAUCUUGCGGGCGAUAAGCAGGGUUCACCAGAACAACAACAGCAACAUGCGUUUGAAAGCGAGGAAGGUGAACCUGAAGUUAGAUCUGAGGUUAGACAAAUGGUCGGAGGGCCUAGGAUUACUACUCUCCCUACAAGGUCUAUUUUACCACCUGGUCCACGAAUCUCAAGAGCUCAAGGCCCACGUGGUGCUGCUGGUGCCAGCCGUGGUGGUCGCGGUGGCCGCGGUGGUCGUGGCGGUCGCGGUGCGGCAGGAGGAGUAGUUAGGAAGACGAGAGCCCAGAGGGCUUCUGCGCGUAGGGCGCUUGAACUAGAAGAAGAGGAAUUGGAUCAUGAGUGGAAUGAAAUGACAUCAUAUCCUAAACCUGCCCCUCCGGGGACAAUUGAACCACAUCCGGUGUACGAUACGACGAAGCCCUAUCAUGCGGACGUUGGAGAUCUAAGCCGAUGGAUUCCGGCGAUGGGAGCGGGGAAUACAAUCGCUGCGAAGAAGUUACAGUGGGUUAACAAACCGAAGUGGGAGAAGAUGUCGGAGUAUGCUCCUAGAGCGUUGUUAGGUGACGGGAUUUUGGUACCCGGGGAGGUGUUCAAGGCUACCGGUUUGGGGGAUAAGAAGAUAGCGAAGGAGGCUGAGAUGGCAUUGAGUAUUGCGGAAGCUGGAAUUUUGAGAAACCCAACUUUUGGAGGGAGGGAUCGGGUGAAGUUUUUGGAGGUUUUGAAAGGGAAGGUGGGGGUUGGAGGGGAGGCUAGGGCGUAA